GCAUGGCAGAGACGUCGGCAAUCUUUGCUGUGAUGGCAUUUAUGAUGAUCUGUCAUAUCGACGAAGACCACCUUCGAGCAUUGAUAGCCGAAAUGACGACGUUCGUAAAAGAUGCUACGGAUCAAGAAUCAGCUGUGAUUCGGUUCUACAUGAGAAAGUGUUCAUUACUCCACACAAUGAUUAUUGUAGUGCUCAGUAUCGGACUGGGUGUGUACCUUUUGGCACCCAUUGUUCUACCUCAGCCCUUUCCGCUUAAGACCGCAUACCCGUUUUCAAUGGAGCCAUUUUGGAUUUGGGCUCUUCUGUACGUCUCAAAUGUUUUCGUUUCUCUCCAAGUUGCAUCCUCAGCGUCCGUGAGCCUGAUCUUCGUUGUUUUAACCUGGUUCGCCGCUGCCAGAUUUGAGAUCGUGAACACGGAAAUCGAAAGGGCGAGCAACCUGAAUGAAGUCAACAGAUGUGUUCGACAUCACCAAGAAUCGCUAAAGUAUGCGAGCAGACUGUCGAAGACUGUGGGUCGUAUGGCUUUAGCGGUGGCCGCAUCGAACUUCGCUGCAGUUAUGUUUGCAGGAGUCGUGAUCACUUUUAGGCAAUUCUACUCACUUGAGUUCUUCAAGCUGAUGUGCAUCUUGACGGUAGCCACGUGCCAUCUUUUUUUGUACGCCUGGCCAGCGGACUACUUGUCUCAGUUGCGCUCAGGCUCAGCUGAAUUGUGAAGUCUGGCGAUCCCCGGAUUGCGAGCGAAGAAUCCAAUUGCAAAGUUCACCGAAUGAAAACAAUUCGCAAUAUUGGAAGAAAUACUUGUACGCGUGUGAACUGAAAAAUUCCAACGAUCAGCCAAUUGCACCACUUGGCCAAUUGUGCUCUGCGGCAGCACGUUUGGCACAUAUGUAGCAAUGAUGAUAAUAAUGGUAACAAUAACGACAACGAAAAUGAUCGUGAUAAUGAUAGUGAUAAUAAACAGGAUAGCUCACCUUCGGUCAUUUUAUUCGAGCAUGACCACCUUGGAUACUUAUGGAAUAUCUUGUUUCAAUUUUUCUGCCGUACUUCAAAAAUGAUCAAAAAAUUUUGCGUACCAUUUUCUUAGCUCAAUCGAAUUAUCAAUGUGUCGUUAUCACCUGCACGUUCGUUAGUCAUUAAAAUCGAUGAUUAAUUUCAAUUUCC